AUGGCUCGUUCGUCUUCGGCAUGGUCGUUCCGACGUAGCUGUUGGCUGCUGGCCUGGCUGACUCUGGCCGGUCUACUGCAGCCGGGCCGAGCCGAACUGUACACUGCCCUCGUCGAUAUGGAGGAGCUGCUCACCACCGAGGCCGUGCUCAUCGACACCUUGAACGGAUACAUCAGCGCUCAAGAGCACAGGCUGGCCACGCUCAGGAGAAACGUCGAGGACUACGCGCGCGAGCACGAGGAGGCGGCCCGCAACAUCCAGCAGUACCUCUCGAACCCGAUAAAUGCCUACCUGCUGGUCAAGCGCCUGACGACGGACUGGCGCCGGGUCGAGGAGCUGAUAACCGAGGACGUCGGCAAGGCGUUCGUGGCGAACAUCACGAGUUCGCGAAGCGACUUGAAAUUCCCCACUGAGGAGGACCUCAACGGUGCCGCGGUCGCCCUCAUGAGGCUGCAGGAUACCUACAAGCUCGAGACGGCUCAGGUGGCACGGGGCGUGCUCAACGGGGUGCAAUACAGCACGGGCCUGUCGGCCGGCGAUUGUUUCGAGCUGGGCAGACAGUCGUACAACAACGGGGACUACUAUCACACGGUCCUCUGGAUGCAAGAGGCCAUGGAUCGGCUCGAGGAGGAGCAGAGCAAUCGGACCACCAUCUCGAAGCCCGACAUACUCGAGUACCUCGCCUUCUCCACGUACAUGCAAGGUAACGUGGUGAGGGCACUGAGCAUGACGAACGAGCUUCUGGACCUCGUCCCGACGCACCAGCGCGCCCUCGGCAACCGAGUCUACUACCAAGAGGAGAUCCAGAAAAAGACCAACGAGUCCAGGAAGAAGCGCGGCGAGGACGGCACCGACGACACGCCCAGUCCUCACUAUUCCGUCCAGGAGAAGAAGAUGAAAAGCGUGAGCGAGAUGACCGAGCGCGAGCGCUACGAGAUGCUGUGCAGGGGCGAGCUGUCGCUCUCGGCCGACGAGCAAAAGGAGCUUAAGUGCCGCUACGUCGAUCGGGGCAUAGCCUUCCUCAAGCUAGCGAGGCUCAAGGAGGAGGAGGUGUACCUCGACCCGAGGAUCGUCAUCUACCACGACGUCAUCUCCGACGAGGAGAUCGAGACCAUCAAGAGGAUGGCUCAGCCAAGGUUCAAGCGAGCCACGGUCCAAAAUUACAAGACGGGCGAGCUGGAGAUCGCCAACUACCGGAUAAGCAAGAGCGCCUGGCUGCAGGAGCACGAGCACAAGCACGUGCGCGCCGUCAGCCAGCGAGUCGAGGACAUGACGAGCAUGACCAUAGACACGGCCGAGGAGUUGCAGGUCGUUAAUUACGGCAUCGGUGGACACUACGAGCCCCACUUUGAUUUCGCCAGGAGGGAAGAAAAGAACGCGUUCAAGAGCCUUGGCACCGGAAACCGGAUCGCCACCGUGUUGUUUUACAUGAGCGACGUGGAGCAGGGAGGUGGUACCGUUUUCACGAAAAUCAACAUAUCCCUGUGGCCGAGAAAGGGCAGCGCCGCCUUCUGGUACAACCUCAAGCCGAACGGGGAAGGGGACUACAGGACGCGGCACGCGGCGUGUCCCGUUUUAACUGGGACCAAAUGGGUUGCAAACAAAUGGCUGCACGAGAGGGGCCAGGAGUUUCACAGACCGUGCACGUUGGAAAAUCAACCCGCCGAUGUGGAUGACGGACGGUACUAAGGAAAAUUCGGAUGACUCCGAGAUCGGCCUACGUGGAGGAGCAAUGUCCGGAUCCGAUGAUGUAUUAUGUUUCGACGGGGGCACCGGAGCGUCGAUUGUUGAUCGAAGUUACAGACGAGCUCGUCGGUUAAGCCAAAGGAUUAGAUAAUUGUAUAGUUUUUUGACAGAGGGGUACCUACAGCGGCUCGAGUUUGACUCUUCUGGGAAACUGCCACUUUUUGUAAAAUCGUUAGUUUUUAGAGAAACGUUUGCUCUGAUUUUCGUUCAAUUUUGACCAAGCGAUGGUAAUGCUCUCUUUAAAGGUCCCGCAUAAAUUGUAAAUUGCAUAGCUCUAUUAUUGACUAGUGAUUGAUAAAUAUUGAGUUAUUCAUUACAAUUUUAAUUUUAUGAGUGAAAAAAAUAA